AUGGAGGAAUGUCAGUUACCACAAAUUUGUGUCGAAAGAACGCUUGCUAUCAUCAAACCAGAUGCAAUCGAUCAGGAAGAUGAGAUUGAGGAAAUAAUAAUGAGGCAUGGAUUUACAAUCACACAAAAACGAAAAGUUCGACUUUCACCAGAACAAGCCACUGAAUUCUUUGCCACUCAAGUCGGACAACCUAAUUUUCCAACGCUUGUUCAAUAUAUGAGCAGUGGUCGAAUUACAGUUUUUGUUCUUGCGAAAGUAAAUGCAGUCGCUGAUUGGAAAGACAUUGUUGAAUAUAGUCCACAGGAUGAAAAGCAAAAGGGAUGUGUCGAAAAGUAA